AUGGACGCAGGUACACAAGAAUGGCCGGACCAACGCUUGAAGAUCCUCAUCCCAGUUUGGACCUUAACGGUGAUUAGUACCGCUUUCUUGGUAUGGAGAGUCGUGUACGGACUGCGAUCACGCAAAUUCAUUGCCUGUGAUUACCUGUUGAUCAUAGCCACUGCUCUCAACAUCACAGCGACAUCACUGAACCAGGUCGUCGUCAACAAUGGCCUCGGGCGCCACAUCAUGGACCCGACGGUCUUUCCGAAUCUCAGAGCAUACAGCUAUCACCUUUGGAUCACACAGAUCGUCAACAUCAUUGCCGUCGCCUUUCUGAAAUGGUCCAUUUGCGCUUGGCUGCUUGUCUUGAACUUCUCCAGAUUGUACCAAGUUAUUGUUUGGCUCUCGAUCUUGAUGGUCACCGCGUUCAACUUCCUUGCACCAGUCCUGACGCUAUUCGGAUGCACACCCCUGGAACGGAACUGGAACUUCGGGUUUACCGGGGAGAGCCAUUGCUGGGCAAAGGGCACACUCGCACUAUCCUAUACCCAGGGUAUCAGCAACAUCAUCACCGACGUAGUGUAUAUGGCUGCGCCUCUGAUCUACCUUUCGCGCGUCCAGUUGAACAGUCGAACUCAACUGGGUAUCAGGAUCGUUUUCCUGCUGAGUAUCCCUGCCACGAUAUGCUCAAUCUUCAAGACUAUCGAACUCAAGGCCAUCACCAAGACGCAAGAUCCAACGUGGGACGGCGUAAACCUCACCAUCUGGUCCAGCUCCGAACUUUCUAUCGGCAUCCUCAUCGCAUCCCUCCCUCCGCUCCGCAAAGCAUUCGAUCACCUUUUCAAGAAGUUUAUGCCAUCGACAUUGACAGGCUCGGGCAAAACGCCACACUACGGCUACGGGAACUCUAGCGUCGCACAAGGAAACAGCAUCCACAUGAAGAACUUCCAAGGCAGCAAAGCCUAUCACUCUAGGCUACCCGGCGAAAGCAUCCUUGAUGGCGACGACGAAAGCGAUCGGGCCAUCCUUGAUGACGAUCAAAAAGGCUCUGGUAUCAUGAAGAGUACAGACGUACAAGUCACUGUGACCAAUGAUGUCGGAGAGGCAGGGAGUAGUUCCAACUCCAAGAGCGGCGGGAGCCCCAAGAUGUAUAACCAUGAAAUCGACUGGGCAAGUCCACACUUGGAGAAUGGGGAAGGACCGCGCCGGUCUCGGUAA